AUGGCCGACUCCGAGGGCGAAAUCGAAGAUGAUGCACGAUUGCUCGAAGGCGAUGAGGCCACACAUGCACAAGAAAGUUCUUCUGGCGAUCGGCACGAGAGUCAAUCCAAUAUGGAGGAGAAGUUCGAGGAGCUAUCGGGCAACAUUAAAGAUGGUUUUUCUUCGCUUGGCGAAUUGUUGACAGAUCUGAUGCAACAAAAAUCACGAGGCAGGCGCUCCCGCCAAAAAUCAAGGUCUUCCUUGCCGGCCUCGGCUGACGGCGACCAAACAACCAGCCCUAAACGGGCAAGGCUCGAGGAUGAACAGAACGACAACGUAGCUGUGUUGCUUGGCGAGUCCCAGCCCCAGGGGGAAAACUCGGGCAAUGACAAUGAAAAAGAGUUUGGCGCAAUUUUGGACAGUGUUGUCCAAGAGCUGGACGAAGAACAGUUGGCGCCUGCUGUGUCCGAGAAGCUUGCCGAAGUUAUUAAUAAAACUCUGCGCUCAAAAUUGAGCGAGGAAAAACUUAAAGAAAAGCAAAACGCUUACCCUAGACCACAAAAUUGUGAAUCACUAGAAACUACUCGGGUUAAUCCAGAAAUCUGGGCACAACUACAAUCUUCAACCAGAUCUCGGGACAUACGUCUCCAGAAAGUACAAAGCCUCUUGCUGAAAGGGCUACUGCCAUUAGUUCAGCUCCUUGAAAAUUGUCGACAAUCGGAUGAUAGGUCGACUGAUAAAGGAAAAAUCAUCAAGCUGGCUCUUGACUCAGUAAGCCUAGUCGCUCAGGCAAAUGUAGAGCUCAAUAGCCGGCGACGAGCAUUGAUUAAGCCUGAUUUGAAUGAAAAAUUUCAGCAAAUCUGUGGCGAUCAUGUGCCGAUUACAACAUUGCUUUUUGGGGAUGAUGUGGCCAAGACACUACAGGACAUUGCUUCCACAAAUCGUGUCAGCCAAAAGGUUGCAACACCUACUUGUUGGCCCAGCUAUGCUCACCAAAACAACUUUAAUUGGCAUUCAAAAAAUGGACGGGGGAGGUUCAGGCCCCAAAACAACCUCCCACGUCACAAAAGGGGCCAGAGCCACUACAAACCACAGAGUCAGUGAAACUCGAUAAACAGGUUAGUACCAUAUAUUCAUUUAAUGAUGAUACUAUACCACCCUUCACAGCUGGUGGGCUAAAACAUUUUCAGACUGCUUGGUCAAAAAUUUACUUCAGACCAAUGGAUAUUAAAAGCAAUACAGGGAGUGGAAAUUGAGUUUCUAAUGAAACCAUUCCAAUUGCAGUGAGCUAACUGUCAGUAGUUCUGAGGAGUGCAUUGUUGAUAAUGAAAUCACCAAGUUAAUGAAAGCGGUAAUUGAGCCUACUAACCCAGGAUCAGGGGAGUUUAUUUCUACCAUUUUUAUUCGCCCGAAAAAAGAUGGGACCUUUAGAGUAAUUUUGAAUUUGAAAAGGUUAAAUGAAUUUGUUUGAUACCAUCACAUUAAGAUGGACACUAUUUAUACUGCAAUACAUUUGAUGAAACAGGGCUGCUUCAUGGCCUCUAUUGAUUUGCAGGAUGCAUACUAUACUGUACCAGUAUGCCCUAAUCACAGGAAGUAUCUAAAAUUCUCUUGGCGAGGACAAUUGUAUCAUUAUACAUGCCUGCCAAAUGGUCUGGCCUCAGCCCCACGUAUUUGUACAAAAAUCUUGAAGCCAGUCUAUGCAUCACUGUGGAAUAAGGGGCACAUCUCCUUCGGGUAUAUUGAUGACUCGUACUCGCAGGAUGACAACUUUGACGGUUGUAAGACAAAUGUCCAUGACACAACCACAAUGUUUGAUUCAUCGGGGUUUUUUCCCCAUCAGACCAAGUCAGUAACCAUUCCUGUCCAACAACAGGACAUGACGGUCUCUUUAACCUCUGAAAGAGCCACAAAGCUUCAAACUGCUUGCAUAAAUUGGUUAGCAAAGAGGAGACUUUUAAUUCACGGGGGUGCACAUGUUAUUGGCCUUAUGGUGGCUAGUUUCCCCGCUGUGACCUUUGCACAGCUAUUCUAUUGGGCUUUUGCUUAUUUACAGUGGUGGAUAUCCAAUAUUGAGACAUCCUCCAAACCUGUUCUGGCCAGCCAGCCAGAUAUGGUAAUUCAAUCUGAUGCAUCACUAUUAGGCUGGGGUGCCUAUAGUGAUGGAAAGCAUGCAGGAGGUCCAUGGGGAGAAACCGAAGCUAAGGCACACAUUAAUGUGUUAGAAACAAUUGCAGCCUUUUUAGCAUUGCAGUCUUUUUUGUUCUUGACAAUACCACAGCUGUAGCUUAUGUGAAUAAUAUGGGUGGAUACCAGUCCUCAGAAUGCAAUGCAAUAGUAAGACAAAUGGGGAUUUGGUGCAUUCAGAAAAACAUCUGGGUAUCGGCAACCCAUAUCCCAGGUGUCACUAAUGUAGAAGCAGAUAAAAAAUCCAGGCAAUUUGAUGUCCAUACAGAAUGGGCAUUAAAUGAUCAAGUUUUGAUAGGAUCUGUGUCAAAAAUUUUUAGCCCCAAGUGGACUUGUUUGCAUCCCGGCUUAACAAGAAGUUAGAGCAAUAUCGCCAAUAUGUCUCUUGACAGCCAGAUCCCAAGGCAGUAGCAGUUAAUGCUUUCAGCAUGAACUGGGCUACUAAAAGCUUUUACGCUUUUCCUCCCUUUAGCCUGUUAACAGAUGUUUGGCAAAAGAUCCAGGAGGAGUCAGCAGAGGGUAUACUGAUAAUACCCCUGUGGCCUACACAACCGUGGUACCCUGUGGCAAUGCAAAUGUUGGUCAACCACCCACAGAUUUUGCCCAAAAUGCAACAUCUACUUUACUUACAUCAAAUCAUGGCGAAGCGGAACUGUCCAGCAGUACCAAGUUACUUACCAUGCGGCAGCAUCCCCUGGUUUGCAGAUUCUUCGUGGUGUUUGCUAUAACACUAUACAUGGGAUGUUAA